AACUUUGAAAGAAUAACGUUGGCAUCUAUUCCACUAAGAUGUAAAAUAAUUAAAAAUUGUCAAGAAAAUUUCAAUUAUACUCGAAAAUUUGUCGUCUUCUUGGGCGGAAAUCGCGCGGAUAUCGACGCCGUCUUUUCUUUCCGAGGCCACCUGCAGGGUCUCCCCUUCAACACGACUGCCCGAUUCUCUGCUGUCGUUUCAUUCCUUUUAAUGGCAGCUCCGCGAACCUCCUUUAAUGGCUGAUUCUCUCUAACCUCACCCUCCUCCUACUCAAUCACAGAGAGAGAGAGAGAGAGAGAGAGAGAGAGAGAGAGAGACGAUGGCUAGAGAUACCUGGAUGAUGGACAGAGCCAAAGAGGAGCUGAAGAAUUUAGAAGCUCAUCAUCCAUCGCGAUUCGAUUACCUGAAGCUCGAGCUCCAAUCACUCAUCUCCGAUUACGAUCUCGAUCCUUCUUUCCCCAAUCUCCUCUCCUCCUCCAGCUCUCCCUCUGCCGGCACGCAAGUGUCGUCGAGGAAGAGGAGAAGAGGGGAAUUGCGCGGUGAGGAAUUAGGGUUUGGGUUGGAGAUGGAGAAGAAGAUGAGGUUGUCGUCGGAAGAGAGGGCGGAGAUGGCGAUUAGAAGGGCGAAGGCUUGUCUGAGGAGGAUUCAGCUCGUAAAGGAGAGUUUUCUGCAUUAGGGUUUUCUUUCUUUCGAAGUUGUUUAUGAGGAAGACUGCAGAAAGGAGCAGAAAGGAGCUAUAUGGGUUUUUUGGGUGGCCCGGUUAAAUCCCAACACAGUUUGCUCUUUGGGCUUUUUGAUCGACCCACGAAAUUUUGUUGGCCCACUAUCUUGAGUUUUCACAAAUAUGAUAUGUUUUGUUAUUAUUAUUAUUUAAAGUCGGUAUGUUCAGUUCAAACGUUUGGUUUCGAUGAUGCCUAAAAACUCUUGAACAUGUCUUGAAUUUGAAAGUGAUAUUUAGGCCUG